CAGGCCGGGGGUGGGGCCCCGCGGGGCGCCCUGGCCUCAAAAGGAGCUCACCCAGGUCCAGCGGAGCUGGUUUCUCCCGUUCGCGGCCUGGCACCCCUUGGGCUCACCCUGGUCCAGUGGGCUGGGGUGUUGGCGGAGGCCCCGUCUGCACCUGUGCACCGCUGAGCGGCACCUGGGCAGUCAACCCAGACCAUCUACGCUCUGGGAACCUGUGUUGCACGGAGACCCCCAGAACAUGGACCGAGUGACCAGAUACCCCAUCUUCAGCAUCCCCCACUCACCCCGCGUGGCUGGCGUGGCCUUUGAUGAUGGGGACACCAGCUACACGUUCGAGCUGGUGGGUGUGGCCAGUGGCUGGGGCCAGGACAAGCCGCAGGCAUGGCCCACUGACCACGAGGCCUCACUGGAAAUGGCGUGGACAGAGAGGUCCCACGGCCCGCAAGCCUUCACUGCGCAGCCACCCCCAUGGCCAGAGGAUGACGAAGACGAGGAGGUGAAAGCCUGCCACCUGGAGGCCCAGCACGUUCCACCCCGGCGGCCCUGGGACCUGGAGCAGGAGCGCCGGCUGGUCAUCAAGGACCAGGCCGUCAGGAGGAGCGACACGGUGGCCACGCUUCACUUCCAUGGGGAGCCCAGGACCCCCGACCUCCUGCCGUCCACGGCCCUGGAGGAGAAUGGGAUUGACCGCGAGCAGAUUGACUUCCUGGCCGUGAGGCAGCAGUUUCUGAGCCUGGAGCAGGCGAACCCGCCCCCCGGGGUGGCCCAUGUGAAUGUGGGGGCCCCUUGGAACACGCCACCUGGGGCAUCCCAAGGGAAUGCAGGGGCCCCUCGGAACCCCCCACCUGGGGUGAGCCAGGCCUCCAAAGCCUGGAAGGGGCUGCCCCUGGCCAAUGGGUAUGUGGUCCCAGUCAAGCCCCAAGCAAAGGAGGUGGUCAUGGAAGAGAAGAGGGUCCACAGUUUGCCCACCAGGCCUGGUGUCCCGGCCGUGGAUGACCGUGGUUCCCAGGCCCGAGACCGGUCCCCAGAGCCGCCCAAGGAGACGCCCAUUGAGCGGGAGAUCCGGCUGGCCCAGGAGCGGGAGGCGGACCUCCGAGCACAGAGGGGGCUGCGGCAGGCGGCCGGCCACCAGGAGCUGGUGGAGAUCCCGGCCAGGCCGCUGCUGAACAGAGUGAACCUGGCUGCGGGGCCGCGGCGGGACAGGGGGCGCCCAUCACUCUACGUGCAGCGGGACAUUGCCCAGGAGUCACAGCGUGAGGAGGACCACCGGCGGGAGGGCCUGCAGGUGGGCCGGGCAUCCACGCCUGAUGGGUUCUCUGAGGGCCCCCAGCCUCCACUCAGGAGGGCCCACAGCUCAGACUCCAUCCUCGGCCCCGCCCCAGAUGCCCGCGCGGCCAGCCCCACUCCAGAGGUGAGGAAGGUGAACCGCAUCCCACCGGAUGCGUACCAGCCAUACCUGAGCCCCCAGAAGCCCGCAGGAGAACUCCCAGUCUUUUGCACCUAUGGCAAGCCCAGCGGUCUCUCUGCAGGUGAGACCAGGGCUGUGGGCUCUCCGAAGGCCACACAGUCUCCAAGGCAUCCCUCGGAAUCCUCUGGCACAAAGCAGGAGCCCCCCCGCCAACCCCUGCCCACCAGCGGGAGUGUCGUGCGAUGGAAGUACUUUCGCCUGCGUCCCCUGCGCUUCAGGGUCCCCAGUGAGCCUGAGAAAGCUGAGGCCCCCCGAGUGUGGAGCUGGGAGGUGGCUGGGGCACCAGCCUUGAGGCUGCAGAAGUCCCAGUCGUCUGAGCUGCUGGAGAGGGAGGUGGAAAGUGUCCUGCGGCGGGAGCGGGAAGUAGCUGAGGAGCGGCGGAGUGCUCUGUACCCUGAGGUCUUCUCCCCAACUCCAGAUGAGUACUGUGACCAAGAUUCCAGGAGCUCCUCCGGGGCAUCUGGCAUCACCGGCAGCUAUUCGGUGUCUGAGUCACACUUUUUCACCCCCAUCCACCUGCAUCCGGGACAGACAGCAGAAGCCCCAGCCGAGGCUGCUCCUUGGCAGAGAAGGAAGAAGGAGCAGUGGUAUGCUGGCAUCAAACCCUUGGACCACGUCAACUUAGAGAUCCUUGAAGCCACGCGGGUGACCCGCCACAAGAAUGCCAUGGCGGAGCGCUGGGAAGCAGGCAUCUACGCCAGCGAGGAUGAGGACUGAGCCUGGGGCCAGCUGCCUGCCCCCUGCCCUGCUCUGGUCCCACAGGAACUGCCAGGACCUGCCAAGGCCCCACCUUAGGACAUAGGACACUCUUUAAAUCCAGUUCUGGGGACCACAGAUCUCAUGCCAACAAUCCCAAGGCUGGAUACACUUCUGGGCUCAAGGGCUUUCUUUUCUGUUUGUCUUUUCCCGGGAAAUCGGUGUGCUUUCUGGGUCUAAGGCUGGGAAUGACCCUUUCUGCUCCUACGACUUUGCCAAAUGCUCUUGGGUCCAGAAAGGAAUGAGACCAGCUCUCCCACCUCCAGAUGUAAUUGUUCCUGCUGGUCUGAGAGGGGAGACCUCGAUUCCUCCCUCUGGAGAGUCCCAGUCUGACAGGGGAGGCCUGCCCUGCUCCAGCCCCAGGAAACCUCCAGUCUGAGGGCCUUCCUGCCACCCUGUGGCCCCCUCCAUGGCACAUCAGCACAGCUCUGGCAAUAGAGGGUCCCAUGGGGACAGCCCAUCCCCGGGCAGAGAAAAGGGCUCAACUUGGGGACAGAACCGGGUCAUUCUGCUCCAUGAAAUAAAGUGGCUGUGUGCUGCCCCCAGCCCUGAGCCUCA